AGGUGAUAGAGUGAGAAGAGCACGAAGAGACGUGUGACGGGUCCUGGCAAAAUGGCCGUUCACGAUUUACAACAAACGGUUGUUUCUUACGAACGGUUCAAAACGGUCUCAUAUUUUGACGUGUCACAAUAUCAUCUUGAACGAACGAUUAUAAAGCUGGCAAUGCUGAAGGCAGGGUACUGAACAAAACGAGAGCUGACUGGAGAAUCUAGUCGUGCUCAAUCGAAUUAUUAUCGAAAAAUCCAGUAAGAGGCAACAAACAAUCUAAGGAUCAUGAAAAUGGUGCUGUCUCAACGUCAGAGGGAGGAGUUAAAUAAGGCGAUCGCGGAUUACCUUAGCACCAAUGGCUAUCAAGACGCACUGGAAGCAUUCAAAAAGGAAGCCGAUAUGCCGGGAGAAGUUGAAAGGAAAUAUGGAGGUCUCCUCGAGAAGAAAUGGACAUCAGUCAUACGAUUACAGAAAAAGGUAAUGGAAUUAGAAUCGAAGCUUUCAGAAGCAGAAAAAGAAUUCAUCGAAGGUGCGCCAACGCGAGGUAAAAGAUCACCAUCCGAGUGGAUACCUAGGCCACCAGAGAAAUUUUGUCUUAGCGGACACAGAGCGCCAAUUAAUAGAGUUAUUUUCCAUCCUGUAUUUAGUCUUAUAGUAUCUGCUAGUGAAGAUGCCACUAUAAAGGUAUGGGAUUUUGAAAGUGGAGAAUUUGAAAGAACAUUGAAAGGCCAUACUGACAGUGUGCAGGAUAUUUCGUUUGACGUCUCGGGAAAACUAUUAGUUUCCUGCAGCGCGGAUAUGUCCAUUAAAUUGUGGGAUUUUCAUCAAUCAUUUGCAUGUGUCAAAACAAUGCAAGGUCAUGAUCAUAAUGUAAGCUCUGUAGCAUUUGUUCCACAAGGUGAUUUUGUAGUAAGCGCCUCUAGGGACAAGACGAUCAAGAUGUGGGAGGUAGCAACGGGUUAUUGCGUAAAAACAUUAACAGGUCAUAGAGAAUGGGUGAGAAUGGCACGAGUUAGUCCUUGUGGUGAACUCAUUGCCAGUUGCUCAAACGACCAAACUGUGAGAGUGUGGCAUAUAGCAACGAAAGAAACAAAGAUUGAACUCAGAGACCACGACCACGUCGUUGAAUGUAUCGCAUGGGCACCAGAAAGUGCAAGAGCAUCAAUUAAUGCAGCAGCAGGAGCAGACAAUAAAGGAGCUCAUGAAGGUCCCUUCCUUGCGUCUGGUUCUCGUGACAAGACCAUUCGUGUUUGGGAUGUUGGUGCUGGUGUAUGUCUUUUCACACUUCUCGGACAUGACAACUGGGUACGUGGAAUAGUUUUUCAUCCAGGUGGAAAGUUUAUCGUCAGUGCUUCUGAUGACAAGACACUCCGAGUAUGGGAUACGCGUUAUAAGAGGGCGAUGAAAACUCUAGAAGCGCAUGUCCAUUUUUGCACCUCUGUCGAUUUUCACAAGAAUCAUCCAUAUGUGGUCACCGGUAGCGUAGAUCAAACGGUGAAGAUCUGGGAGUGUCGCUAGUCACCCUAUUUUACAGUUUCUUUGGAACUUCAUAAACAUGAAGAGCGAAGAAGAUAAACAUGCGCGUCCAGUUCGAUUGAAAUGGCCGAAAGAGUAACUUGCUCCAAAAGCUAUCGUACAUACAUUAUGAUUAAUAUUAAUAUUAUUAUUAUUAUUAUUAUUAUUAUUAUUAUUAUUAUUAUUAUUAUUAU